AUGUCAAUUUGCUGUGGCUUGCCUCUUGUUGAGUGUGUGUAUUGUCUAGCUUGUGCUCGUUGGGCGUGGAAGAGAUGUCUUCAUACUGCAGGCCAUGACAGUCAAACGUGGGGAGUUGCUACGACGGAAGAAUUUGAGCCUGUGCCGCGUCUUUGUCGAUAUAUUUUAUCUGUGUAUGAAGACAAUCUUCGAAACCCUCUUUGGGCACCUUCUGGUGGGUAUGGAAUUAACCCUGAUUGGGUAUUAAUUAGAAAGACGUAUAAAGAUACACACGGGAGGGCUCCGCCGUAUAUAUUGUAUCUUGAUCAUGAUCAUGCGGAUAUAGUUCUUGCUAUAAGGGGACUGAACUUGGCGAAGGAAAGUGACUAUGCGGUUCUGUUGGAUAAUAAAUUGGGGAAGAGAAAGUUUGAUGGUGGAUAUGUUCAUAAUGGAUUGUUAAAAGCUGCUGGGAUGGUUUUGGAUGCUGAGUGUGAUAUUUUGAGGGAAUUGGUGGAGAAGUAUCCGGAUUACACUCUUACUUUUGCUGGACAUUCCCUUGGAUCAGGAGUGGCUGCGAUGUUGAGCAUGGUGGUUGUGCAGAAUCGGGAUAGACUUGGAAACAUAGAGAGGAAGAGGGUUAGGUGUUAUGCUAUUGCUCCCGCUAGGUGUAUGUCGCUUAAUUUGGCUGUCAGAUAUGCAGAUAUCAUAAACUCCGUCGUACUUCAGGAUGACUUCUUACCACGGACAGCCACCCCAUUGGAAGAUAUAUUCAAGUCUUUGUUAUGUUUGCCGUGCUUGUUGUGCUUGAAGUGCAUGAGGGAUACAUGUAUAUCGGAGGAGAAGAUGCUGAAAGAUCCAAGGAGACUCUAUGCACCUGGUCGACUUUAUCACAUUGUUGAGAGAAAGCCUUUCAGAUGCGGAAGGUUUCCUCCAGUUGUGAAAACAGCAGUGCCAGUAGAUGGAAGGUUUGAGCAUAUAGUUCUAUCUUGCAAUGCUACAUCAGAUCAUGCCAUUAUUUGGAUCGAGAAAGAAGCUCAAAGGGCUUUGAAUUUGAUGCUGGAAAAAGAUAAUACCAUGGAAGCACCUGCGAAGCAAAUCAUGGAGCGCCAGGAAACAAUGGCCAGACACAGCCAAGAGUACAAAGCAGCAUUACAAAGGGCGAAAACGUUACAUGUUCCACAUGCUUUUAAUCCACCAUCACAAUACGGAACUUUUGAUGAUGAGGGAGAGGAGAGUUCGAGAAAGUCAGAGGCCGAAUUUUCUGUUAGUUCAACCAAUAAGAGUAAGGCUGGCGAAAGCUGGGAUGUAUUGAUUGAGCGUCUUUUUGAGAAGGAUGAGCAUGGCAAGAUGGUGUUCAAGAGAUGA